GUCGUCCUUUUACUGCGUGUCGCGCUCGCUUCGCUUCGAUUGGAUUCCGUCGGAACUGAGCUCGGAAACCCUGACGAUGUCGGACGCAUCGGAGCGCAGCAGGGAGCUGCCGCGGGAGGUCUGGGAGACCGUCUUCGCGUCCCUGGACUCCGAGGCGGACCUCGAGCCCCUCUCCACCGUGUGCAAGCAGUUCCUCGCCAUCGCCGACGCCCUCCGCGCCUCCCUCUCCGUCCCCGACCACCUCGCCCCUCACCUCCCCUCCCUCCUCUCCCGCCUCCCUUCCCUCAGGUCCAUCGACCUCAGCCCCUUCCGCGGCGACCCCUCCGGCGUCCUCCUCCAGAUCGCCCGCUCCCGGCUGCCCCUCCUCGAGCGCCUCGACCUCUCCAACCACCAGUACCUCCGCCUCGACGGGCUGCGGGAGAUGGGGUCCAAGUUCGGGGCCCUGAGGGUGCUGGUGCUGUCCAGGGUCGCGCUUCUGCAGGACAGCGACCUGGUCUCCGUCGCCGGGUGCUUCCCCAUGCUGGAGGAGCUCGACGUUAGCUACCCGGAGCUGAGCCCUUCGGCUCGGGUCACGGAUCGCGGCGUCUCGGCCCUGUCGCGGAAGCUGAGGAGGCUGUCGCGGAUCGACGUAUCGGGGAAUCAGUUCGUCUCCGAUCAGUCCCUGAUCGCGCUGUCCGUGAAUUGCCCGUCCCUGAGGGAAAUUGGUUUUAGGGAUUGUAGCUUUAUCACUCAGAGCGGCAUUGCUUCGUUGAUAAAGAACAGGCCUGAGUUGGUCUCCCUGGCCGCGAACGACAUCGGGUUGGCGAUUUUGUACGAGGAGCUGGGCGAUUCGUUCGGUUACGCGAGGGGUUUGAGGAGCCUGGAUUUCUCGCACUCGUUCAUCUCGGAUGGGCUGCUGAUGUCUGUCGCCGAGGCGAAUAUACCGUUGAAGAGCCUCGUUCUUUCGCAUGCUUCGGGGUUUACAUUCGACGGGAUUCAGGAGAUCGUGCUGAAGCACGGGGGCAUCGAGGUCUUAGAUUUCGAGGCGGUAAGUUUCCUCACGGAUCACUACAUGGGCGCGAUAUGCGAGGUGCUUCGCGGCCUGACCUCCAUUAACGUCAGUCUCUGCUCGAGGCUCACGAUCACUACAUUGCAUGACCUCGUGAGACGAUGUCCCCUGCUGAAGGAUAUCAAGAUGGAGAGGACCAACCUAAAGAAGUAUGGUGCUAAUGAAACUGAUAUGGCGGCGAAUUCUCAGGUGAGGUCUCUUAACAUAUCCCAUAAUGCGAAAAUGACCGACGAAUGCCUUGGGAAGAUCGCGCGUACAUGCCCCAACUUGCGGUAUCUUAACGUGGGCUAUUGCGCGGAGAUAACUGGGGAUGGCAUUAUGGGCGUGCUGAAGAGCUGCCGUGAAAUCAAGCAUUUGGAGAUCAGUCAUUGCAGGAACACGGCAAAUCUAUGCUUCGACUUUGAACUCCCGCAGUUGGAGGUCUUGCAAGCAGAAGGGUCGGGACUGAACGACCAGCAACUAGCGGCAAUCGGAAGGAGAUGCUGUCAUCUCAAGCGCCUUGACUUACCAAACUGUUUGAAUGUGUCGGCCGUAGGGGUGAAGGAGGCGGUGAGCCAUUGCAGGACACUGAGGGAGAUAAAUCUGAGGUGGUGUAAUAAUAUAAAUGUCGAUAUCGCAGUUCUAGCUUGGAUGGUGUCCGCGAGGCCGUCGUUGAGGAGAAUAGUCCCACCACGCGGAUCCAUCUUAUCCAAAAGCCAGAGGGAUUUCUUCUUGCGACACGGUUGUCUUGUUUGUGAUUAGGGACUUCAAAAGAGACAGUGGAGGAGGGUUUCGAUUUGGAGCUGAAACCGGAUCAAGAUAUACAGGUUUACAUUCGACGGAAUGAGGCUAAGAGUUUCUUGAUUUCUACACGCUACUUCGAUAAUAGCGUGGCAGUUCCCAUUCAUUCUAAAAGAGGCGAUACUCUUCACAAUGAUCAUGCGAGUCUCUAGCGCCAAAUGAAGUGAGCGUGCCUGUCUGCACGAUUCGGAUUGUGUUUGCACGAUUCGGAUUGAAGGGCUUGAUCACGACUGCAAGUCUGCAAAGUGGCGCCCCCCCAAAUGAGCCGACGACUGCCAUGUUUGCAAGACGGCAUGCGGAUGGCCUGCCGCGCUGCCAUGGACACAAAUUGAUAAAUCAUCAUGGGGAUAAGAGCAGAGGCAUCUCAUACUUCAGUAAAACCAGUCUGAUGAAAGAAUGGACAAUCGCAUCGGUGGUACCCGUGCUAUCUUGUCUAAAUUCAAAUUCAUCCCUCUUUUCCUUCGGAUGAUCUCUACUUCUUUUAGAAAGGUCGAUGUCGUCUCAUAAAAAUAUCAUGUCAAACAAGAUAACCGUUCCAUAGUCCUUUAGAGUGGCUUCGAUGUAUUUCUAAGGUUGUUUAAAAUGAUGAUUAGCACAUCUUGUGAGGAAUGUAAGGUGAUGUAUGUAACAUAUUUAUU